AUGGCAAAUGAUCCAGAGAGAUUCGAUACAAUGCUACUAGCAAUGGCACAACAGCAUGAAGGCGGUGUUAAAGAUUUGCUGAACACAAUAGUCAGUUUUCUUGCCAGAAAAACAGAUUUCUUCACUGGAGGUGCAGAUGGAGUUUGGGAGAAAAUGGUUAAAGAUACCUUUUACGCAUAUGCAAAAAAAGCUGAAGAAGAAGCAGAUAGGAUUAAAAAAGAAAAAAGUGAGGCUGAAAGGAGAUUGAAGGACAUACAACAAAAGAAAGAACAAGAAAGAAUGGAACAGGAUUUCUCACCUGCUUCUGUUACUGAAGUUUCAGAACAGGAAGCUGUUAAAAUACAAGAAGAUAUUGAGAAAGAGAAGAAAACUAAAACUGAAGUCGGCAGUGGUGAUGGCAAUACUGCGGAAGCAGAAGCAGCUGAACCCGAUGAAGAAGAAGAUCCUAAAGAAAAAAACAAAAUAAAACCCAAUUCUGGGAAUGGAUGUGACCUUGAAAACUAUAGAUGGACUCAGACUCUUGAAGAAGUUGAGUUGCGCGUACCAUUACGACAAGUUCUACGGCCUCGUGAUUUAACGGUGAACAUCGCUAAGCGCCAUCUCAAAGUGGGUAUCAAAGGCCAGCCUCUUAUUAUUGACGGGGAGCUAGACGCUGACGUCAAGAUGGAAGAUUCUACAUGGGUUCUUCAAGAUGGACGCAAUCUACUCAUCAAUCUAGAAAAGGUCAAUAAAAUGAAUUGGUGGAGCCGGCUAGUUACUACUGACCCGGAAAUAUCUACGAGGAAGAUAAACCCAGAACCAUCAAAGCUGUCGGAUUUGGACGGUGAAACCCGCGGCUUAGUUGAAAAGAUGAUGUAUGACCAAAGGCAAAAGGAAAUGGGUUUACCCACCAGUGACGAACAAAAGAAACAAGACGUACUUAAAAAGUUUAUGGAACAGCAUCCUGAAAUGGACUUCUCAAAAUGCAAAUUCAACUAG